AUUGACGAUAAAUCCAGACGGAUAUAAGGACAUGACCUUAACCCCCGUUCAAAGAGUAUAAGAGCAGCAAUGGGCGGUGGUCUCUGCUGGCUGUAUCAUCAGUCCUCACAUUCAUUCUACCACAGACCACCGCCUUCAAUCAGAUUCACAAUAUCUUGACGUGCCUGAACACUCACCAUUCUACGAGGACAUAGGAGAGGCAAGCCAUUUCUAUCAGGCCUUCAUGUGCAUAACUUCUGCCUUUAUAUUUUCUCCAACUCAAAUAUGAGUGCCAUUUCAUGCUAUCAUGAGGCUCACCUCAAGCCUCAAGGUCCAGGGGAUGCUCGACCGACCGCGCAACAGAUCAUUGACGAUCAGAAUCUCAACAAUACCCUGCCUGGCCAAGUCAUGCUCGUGACAGGUUGCACGAAUGGAAUCGGAAUCGAAACCGCUCGAGCGCUUCACUCCACUGGAGCCGACGUCUACAUCACCGGAAGGAACGUGACCAGCCUUGAGAAGACAGCGGCUGACAUUAUCUCGAAAACCAAAGGGACGGGGAAGCUCGAGAUUCUUCAUUUGGACCUUAACAGCCUCGCGAGCGUGCGAAGUGCAGCCGAGGGAUUCCUAUCGAAAGAGAGCCGACUGAAUGUGUUGGUGUGCAAUGCUGGAAUCAUGGCCGCGCCGGAGGGCCGAACAGUCGAUGGCUUUGAGACCCAGUUCGGUGUCAACCACCUUGGGCAUUUCUUGCUGGUCCAACUUCUCCUCCCUGCCCUGAAAGCAGGGAGCAAAGCCUCCCCCAAUCGUACAUCCAGGGUGGUAGCGGUGUCCAGUAUCGGUCACCGUGCAGGGUCUAUUCGCUUUGACGAUUAUAACUUCGAGAAAGACGGCUACAAUACCUGGGUCGCAUACGGUCAAGCCAAGACUGCCAACAUUUGGAUGGCCAACUACAUCGACCGAGUCUAUGGAGCGGAUACGGAGGCCCCCAUCCACGCAUACAGCUUGCAUCCGGGUGGCAUCUAUACCAAUUUACAACAACAUGUUGACGAGGCGACAAAAGAAAAGUGGAAGACUCUUCCCAAUGCUGACACCUACAUGAAGAGUAUCGAGCAAGGGGCGGCGACGAGUGUCUUCUGCGCGGUCGCGGCGGAAUGGGAAGGUAAAGGCGGGAAAUACUUCAGCAAUUGCGAAGUGGUUGGGCCCACUGGCGAAGACAACGCCUUAGGUGUCAGCGAUGACGGGCAUGCUACAUGGGCAUACGACCCAGCCGGAGAGAGGAAGUUGUGGAAAGAAAGCGUGAGGAUGGUUGGGUUGGAAUAAACAUGGCACCAGGAUGAAGAUCACGUCAAAUGAUGUUGGUGAUAAUCGCAGUAUGAUUUAAGAUGACUGUACAAUAUAAACAAA